CGGUAUUUGCUAAUAAUAACAACAUUUGGGCGCCUUUUUGCUUCAAAACUCGAUAUAUAUGUUUUUUCUUUUUCUGCCUUUCCCUUUUUAAUAUUGUAGUAGGGCUUCCCUUCUUUUCCUACCUUCAAACAUACGGAGGAGACGUUCAAUCGGCCAGCCCUCGACUGGUGAGAAUUUUCGCUGAAGCCCGAUUUGAAGACAGGUUUACUUUAAUUUACUUUAAUAUUAUUUUUUCACCGGGCAGAAGAAAUGGACAGCUUACGCCAGGAGAAAAUACAGAAAUUCGAAGAAUUUGUUGAUCGCCGCCUUAAACCUGAUGUUGUUCAUGCUAUUGCUGAGCGCGACAAAAUCUUUGACCAGCAAAAAAUUUUCUCUGAUUUGCGGAAGAACAUAGAAAAUUUAGAGAAAAACAGUGUAACUAGUCUUCGGACCUUGGUUAAUCUCGGGUCUGAAGUGUACAUGCAAGCAGAAGUGCCAGAUACCCAACGUAUAUUUGUGGACGUCGGACUCGGGUUUCAUGUGGAGUUCACCUGGUCAGAAGCAUUAAAGUUCAUCUCAUUGAGGGAGGAAAAACUGGAAAGGCAAAUAGAAGAGUAUACUCGCUUAAUUGCAUCAAUCAAAGCACAAAUUAAACUGGUUUGUGAAGGAAUUCGAGAGUUGCUUCAGAUCCCGGAAGAGAAAACUGUAGAAGGGCGCGUUUUUUAGCGUUUACAACAAGUAUACCUAUGAAUUCUGUUACUUGGCCUUAUGACUAACAUUGUUUGUGAGAGAUGAUGAAAUAGAACACAAUGAAAUGGAACUUUUCUCACUUGAUCCCAUUUUGCACUGCUGCUACCUUUGCAAUGGGACUUUCAUUAUUAAAAAAUCAAAUGGCGAAGGAAUAGAAUGUGAUGAUUUUGAUAAAGGUUAAAAUAUGCUACAAGAAAUUGUACUCUUCCUACAUUUAGAAUUUAAUCUAUAUACUUUUAUUUUCAUGAA